UCGCGGCGGCGGCGCGCGGAGGCCCUUCCCUCAGCCGAGCGGGCGUGCGGGGAGGGGCGGCGGGAGGAAGCGGCGGCGGCGGCGGCGGCGGCGGCCCGACGCCCCCUCUUCAGCCCCGGAGCAGGAGCGGGUGCGAAGGCCGAGCCCUCCGCGGCUCAUGGCGGCGGAGCCCCGAACAUCCGGGACCCUCCGGCGGCCCCGGUCGCUCUGCUGACUCCGCCGCCCCCGACCCGCCAUCGUCCGGAGACAUGUCCAACCCCGGGGGCAGGAGGAACGGGCCCGUCAAGCUGCGCCUGACAGUACUUUGUGCAAAAAACCUGGUGAAAAAGGAUUUUUUCAGACUUCCUGAUCCAUUUGCUAAGGUGGUGGUUGAUGGAUCUGGCCAGUGCCACUCUACAGAUACUGUGAAGAAUACACUUGAUCCCAAGUGGAAUCAGCAUUAUGACUUAUAUAUUGGGAAAUCUGAUUCGGUAACCAUCAGUGUAUGGAAUCACAAGAAAAUCCAUAAAAAACAAGGUGCUGGUUUUCUGGGUUGUGUGCGACUUCUUUCCAAUGCCAUCAAUCGCCUCAAAGACACUGGUUAUCAGAGGUUGGAUCUAUGCAAACUGGGGCCAAAUGACAAUGAUACAGUUAGAGGACAGAUAGUAGUAAGUCUUCAGUCCAGAGACCGAAUAGGCACAGGAGGACAAGUUGUAGACUGCAGUCGUUUGUUUGAUAAUGAUUUACCAGAUGGCUGGGAGGAACGGCGAACUGCCUCUGGACGGAUUCAGUAUCUAAAUCAUAUUACACGAACAACUCAGUGGGAAAGACCAACACGACCAGCAUCUGAAUAUUCUAGUCCAGGCAGACCUCUGAGCUGCUUUGUUGAUGAAAACACUCCAAUUACUGGAACAAAUGGAGCAACUUCUGGGCAGUCAUCAGAUCCUAGACUGGCAGAAAGGAGAGUCAGAUCCCAACGACAUAGAAAUUACAUGAGCAGAACACAUUUACAUACCCCUCCUGAUCUACCAGAAGGCUAUGAGCAAAGAACAACUCAACAAGGUCAGGUGUAUUUUCUACAUACUCAGACUGGUGUGAGCACAUGGCAUGAUCCAAGAGUUCCUAGGGAUCUUAGCAACAUCAAUUGCGAAGAGCUUGGUCCACUGCCUCCUGGAUGGGAGAUUCGUAAUACAGCAACAGGCAGAGUUUAUUUUGUUGACCAUAACAACCGGACGACGCAGUUUACGGACCCCCGCCUGUCUGCUAACUUGCAUUUAGUUUUAAAGGACGUCUCCACAGUGGUAUCAUGGGGGGGCAGGUGCCAUCCUAUGGAAGAGAUCUGCCACCCCAGCCGACAAAACCAAUUGAAAGACCAACAGCAGCAGCAGUUAGUGUCGUUGUGUCCUGAUGAAGCUGAGUGUCUGACUGUCCCCAGGUAUAAGCGAGACUUGGUGCAGAAACUAAAAAUUUUGCGGCAGGAACUUUCACAACAACAGCCCCAAGCUGGCCACUGUCGUAUUGAGGUCUCCAGAGAAGAAAUUUUUGAGGAGUCAUACAGGCAAGUAAUGAAAAUGAGACCCAAAGACUUGUGGAAACGAUUAAUGAUAAAGUUUCGUGGAGAAGAAGGUCUUGACUAUGGUGGGGUUGCCAGGGAAUGGCUGUAUCUGUUGUCCCAUGAAAUGCUGAAUCCAUAUUAUGGCCUCUUCCAGUACUCACGAGACGAUAUAUAUACACUGCAGAUUAACCCAGAUUCUGCUGUUAACCCGGAACACUUAUCUUAUUUCCACUUUGUGGGGCGAAUAAUGGGGAUGGCUGUGUUUCAUGGACAUUAUAUCGAUGGUGGUUUUACAUUGCCUUUUUACAAACAAUUGCUUGGGAAGCCAAUUACAUUGGAUGACAUGGAAUUGGUUGACCCCGAUCUUCACAACAGCUUAGUCUGGAUACUUGAGAAUGAUAUUACAGGCGUCUUGGACCAUACCUUUUGUGUUGAGCACAAUGCUUAUGGUGAAAUUAUUCAACAUGAACUUAAACCAAAUGGUAAAAGCAUCCCAGUCACAGAGGAAAAUAAAAAAGAAUAUGUAAGGCUCUAUGUAAACUGGAGGUUUUUACGAGGAAUUGAGGCUCAGUUUCUGGCUCUUCAGAAAGGUUUUAAUGAAGUAAUCCCACAACAUCUGCUGAAGACAUUUGACGAAAAGGAGUUAGAGCUCAUCAUCUGUGGCCUUGGAAAAAUUGAUGUGAGUGACUGGAAGGUAAACACCCGGUUAAAACACUGUACACCAGACAGCAACAUUGUGAAAUGGUUCUGGAAAGCUGUGGAGCUUUUUGAUGAGGAAAGGAGAGCACGGUUGCUUCAGUUUGUGACUGGAUCAUCCCGAGUGCCUCUGCAGGGCUUCAAAGCAUUACAAGGUGCGGCAGGCCCAAGACUCUUCACGAUACACCAGAUUGACGCCAGCACAAAUAACCUGCCCAAAGCUCACACGUGCUUCAAUCGAAUAGACAUUCCUCCAUAUGAAAGUUAUGAGAAGCUGUAUGAGAAGCUGCUAACAGCCAUUGAAGAAACAUGUGGGUUUGCUGUGGAGUGACAACCUUCGCAGACUUACUCGAGACUCUAUUUAUAGUAACUCUCCGUCAGAAAGCCUCCUCCCUGCAACCAAAAUUCAAGAGAUGCUUGAAAUACAGAAAAACUUUUCCCUUUUUUUUAACUCUAGAACUCUGAGGGGAGGGGAGGACACUUGGAAUUCCUUUUCAAGAAAAACGGUCUUUUGGCUUUGCUGGGAGGCCACUCAGCUGCUAUUUAAAAACUAAUAUCUUGAACCUACAGAAUGCUGACUUUUCCUAUGUUUCCACAGUUAGGCAGUAUUCUGCACUUAAAGACUACUAUUUUUGUAAAAGGUAAUCUGUUCUAUUUGCCUAUCUGAUUUCUACACUCUCAAACACCAAGGCACAACUUCAGCGAUCGGUACAAGUUACACUUCAACUUGAUUUAAACACAUAUGAUACUGAACAGCACCUAUUCCUGCUCUUUUCAAAAAUACAGAUAUUUUGGAUUACUCUAACUUUGAAUAAAAUUGGCUAAAAGAAUCAUUAACUUUUAAAUGAAGUCACUUCGCAUGUUAAUUGCAUUUUCCUAUAUUGAAGCAUUAUGAUAUUCUGCAUUAUACAUUCAACAUAAAUGUUACCCAGGUGGUCUUUUUUUUUUUUUAAUACUUUUCAAGCAUGAGUUUCCUUGAAUACAGACAUACCAUUUGGAUCUUGUAUAUCAGUUUGUCUAUUUUUCAGCGCGAUUUUCAUUUCAAUUAUUUUAGGUACAAUGCUGUACUUUUGGGUAUGGAGCGUCCCUUUUUAAAAGAGACUAAUGGUCAUUUAGAUAUUUUUCAAUAGUCAUUUUUGUAAUGAAUCAAUUUUGGGUUUGCUUUCUAUCUUAAAAUGAAAUGCUGCCCAUUAUAAUGAACUUUAAAAAAGCAUGCUAAUGAGGUGAUGUUUCCAGCUCUUUUGCUGGACAUCAGCUCAUGCUUGAGACGUGAUCUUUCUUGCCCUUCCAAAUUUUAAAAUGCAUUUAGUUUAUGUUACGUCUUAGUUAAUGCUUCAAGACUUCUGUCAGCAAACCACACUUACUCUUUGUUUAGCUGCUCAUGCCAUAGGUUUGCUCAAGUUAUGUUGUGGGGAAGCUUUCUAAAGUAACUCAGCAAACUGUCUUCCUGCCAUUAGCCGAUCAAACUCUCAAUCCAGGUGUGAUGGUUUUAAAAAGGAAUUGAUUUUGCUCCAAAUGCUGCCAGUGGGCAAGAGAUGAAUAGAUUUACGCAGAAGAAUAGAAACCCAGACCGAUCCAGCUCUGACCUGAGAAGUUAAAUUUAGAAAAGGUGUUGGAAGUUCCUCUGGCUGUAGAGAGGACAGACUUGGACUGUGAAGGUCAGUGCAUGUUUGUUGAUGGCUCCACAUAUUUUUUUUUUUUAAAGAUUGUUUUUGAAAGUGAUCCGUAAUCAGAGAUUGGUUUAUUAUACACUCUCUUGGCCAUCAGGGAGGGAAGCAGAAAAUCUAGGAUUUAGGGAUUGAAAUAAUGGCUCCUGACUUUUUCCUGUGAUCAUUUAAAAAAUCUGCACAAUUUUUCACACUGCUCAGAAACAGUCAGUAAGAAUAAUUGGUUUUAGUAAGUUGUCAGGAUGAUAACAGUUGUUUAUUUUUGUAACUGAAAUUGCAGGCCUGUUUAGUUUUGACCAUUCAUGCCAUUUGUAAACAUACCAGAAUACGUAAGUCUACUGUACUGCUCCUGAAGCAAAGUAACAAUAGAGGUAUCUUUCUCAGAGCUAUGGGAUGGGCCUAUUUCUUCCUUAUGGAGCAGGAGUACAAUCGAUCCAUGAUUGAACAGGCUAAAUUCAUUUGAGUUUCUCCUCUGGGGUCAGUGCUGUCUCUCUAUGGGAGCGGCUGGCUAUGAUUUUGAGAAGUUGGUCAAGUAGCCAGAAGACCUAUCAUGAAACCACCUGGUGAUCUGACAUUUCAGGUUUUACCAUAACACUUGGUGGCUUUAGGCUUCCAGGACCAAGGUGUGGUGGAAUCUACUGACAAGGAGAAAGUAUAGUGGAGUGAUUACCCGCCUCUCUAAUAUACAGUACAAAGCUGGUUUUAGCCCCCAACAAAAUUGGAAAACAGUUGUCCGUAGUGUGCUCUGCAGGAGUAUAAUCUAUCAGAAUUUAGCUUCCAAUUUACGUUGGCUAGUUUCCCCCAAAAGGAGCAAGAGAAACAAAAGCAAAACUUCCCCAUAAAGUUUCACGGAACUUUGAACUUUUACCCACAAUUAAUGUGAAUAUUUAUUUCAACUUGUCCCUCUUACUGGCUGUUCCUUUUCCCACUCUUAAUGCCUUGUCAUCUUUUCAUGCUGUGGCUUUUCAUUACAAAUGUUUAAUUUUGAACCCUCAGCUCUACAGUAGAGAAGUGCAUUUCAGAGGAUGUUUCUCAGUGUAAAGAGUUUUGUAAUGGUGCUGUGUACAGUGUGUAAAUUCAUAUUAUUUUUGCACAUGGAUUCAGUUUCCUCCGAACUGAUCUAAUUUUUACCUUUUCCUUGUGUUGACUAAAAUCAAGAGCACAUUUUCUUACUUUCCCUUUUUGGUUGCUUGUCACUACAUCUGUUUGGAACUUAUCAUAGCCAGGCUGCCUUGAUGGAAGUGAGAGGUCUGCGUCCAAUGCCCCAAAGUAAGCUUUGUCAUUCAGACAGUUCUUAUACCUAUUCUCUAGUCUAAAUGGCACCCUAAAGACCACCAGGUGCAAUUAUAUUUAACACUCUAUUAGGGUUUUGAUUCUACCAAAUGCAAAGAGUUUUGUUUUGUCUCUUAGAUGUAAUUAGUUUACUUGGUGUAAUAUUCUUCCCUCCCUCAAACUGACCUUUUUUUUUUUAGUUUUAUCAUUUCCAUUGUAUUUGUAUUUAUUACAGAGUGUUUUUAGCAGAUAUUCUUUGUAUGUUCACCCAGCUGUUACUUGAGCUUUACCAAUAACAUCUGUAUAAAUGGUUUUUAAAACUAUGUAUGUGCCCAUGCCGAAUUUGAGCAAUAAAUUGUAUGCGGUUUGCACUGUCACAGUA